GAGCGAACCUGGCCAGUUUACUGUCUCUCUCACUUGGAGGGUUGUUCUUAAACCGCACCUAAAUUUUAAAGUAUAAAAAAAGGGGUUUCUUUCAAUGACGGUGGAAGCUCAGCCGUGGGAUAAGUGCACGUCGCCCGGCAUUCUCGGACAAGUGUUGGUCUUCUACUGUGACUGAAACAGGCUCCCCAGUCUUAAGAAAGUGAAGAUGAUGGCACAGCUCUGAGGUUGUAUAUUGGUUAUAACACUUUGCUUGGGGUUUAGUUUUAGUGUAUGCUCGAAUUUGUGUAUUAUUCAUUCAUGAUUAUUAUCUUUUAUCCAUUUACUCAUGAUCAUUCUUAUAUUAUGCACUGGUUUAUGAUUAUUCUUCUUUGUGUUUAUAUUUGAUUAUCAUUAUUAUUUUAUGCAUUUACCUAUGAUCAUUGUCAGUAUUAUUGAUAUCAGCUGUGUAACAACAAUAAACAGUUGUAUUGCUUGAUUAGUAUGGUGUACGGACCUUUUAUUGGCACCUCCUCUUGCCGAUUAGCACCACACUUGUCUCACAUCAGUUUUGAAAACAGAAACCAUACUAAAACAGUCCUUAAACCAGAUACUGGUUGCUUUGGCAGUGUGGGCAGGUGCCAAGUCCUGCUGGAAAAUGAAAUCAGCAUCUCCAUAAAGUUGGUCAGCAGAAGGAAGCAUGAAGUGCUCUAAAAUUUCCUGGUAUACGGCUGCGUUAACCUUGGACCUCAGAAAACACAGUGGACCAACACCAGCAGAUGACAUGGCAGCCCAAAUCAUCACUGACUGUGGAAACUUCACACUGGACUUCAAGAAACAUGGAUUCUGUGCCUCUCCACUCUUCCUUCAGACUCUGGGACCUUGAUUUCCAAAUGAAAUGUAAAAUUUACUUUCAUCUGAAAAGAGGACUUUGGACCACUGAGCAACAGUCCAGUUCUUUUUCUCCACAGCCCAGGUAAGAUGCUUCUGACGUUGUCUCUGGUUCAGAAGUGGCUUGGUAGCCCUUUUCCUGAAGACGUCUGAGCGUGGUGACUCUUGAUGCACUGACUCCAGCUUCAGUUCUCUCCUUGUGAAGCUCUCCCAAGUGUUUGAAUCGGCUUUGCUUGACUGUAUUCUCAAGCUUGUGGUCAGCCCUGUUGCUUGUGCACCUUUUCCUACCCAAAUUCUUCCUUCCAGUCAACUUUGCAUUUAAUAUGCUUUGAUACAGCACUCUGUAAACAGCCACACCUUUCAGUAAUGACCCUCUGUGACUUACCCUCUUUGUGGAGGGUGUCAAUGUUCGUCUUCUGGAUCAUUGCCAAGUCAGCAGUCUUCCCCAUUAUUGUGGUUUCAAAGAACAAGAGAUACCCAGAAUUUAUACUGUAGGGAUGGUCAUUAAUUGAAACUCAAAUGUAAAUAUUCUAAUUUUCUGAGAUACUGAAUUUGGGAUUUUCCUUAGUUGUCAGUUAUAAUCAUCAAAAUUAAAAGAAAUAAACAUUUGAAAUAUAUCAGUCUGUGUGUAGUGAAUGAAUAUAAUAUACAAGUUUCACUUUUUGAAUGGAAUUAGUGAAAUAAAUCAACUUUUUGAUGAUAUUCUAAUUAUAUGACCAGCACCUGUAUAGUCCGGCAUAAAAGUAACCGUUUACUUUGACAUUACAUACAAUGUGUUUACUAUUAUGCUAAUUAAAUAUAAUGGGCGAUAUACUACGUCACCAAAAAUGAUUGAGCUCAUAAGAUACAUUGAUUAUUGCGACAGGCCGAAACAGGGUUGACUUGACAAUUCUGAUAUAAUUGAUUUAGCCUCAUGUCGUUCCAUUCAUGAGAAACGCGAGGACAAAUUCUAAAGAAUGUUGAAUUCUGACUAACAUUCCGUUUGUGUUCCUAGGAAUUUCUGCAGGACAUGAGGGGAAAUUGCCAUCUUCACCUUAUGAGACAAAACGCAGGAUAAGGUGAUAGCUGGUUGAUUUCUUAGAACUGUAUAGUAUUACUAAUUACUUUAAAAGAGAAAUAGUAUGCUAACAGGUUUGUCUGUGUUCACCGUCUCAUAAUAUGAGCGUUGUCAUUUAUAGCGUCGUUACUAACUGUUCAUAAUUAUGUUGCCGUGCCUAUUUGUCAAUAUCGCUUCAUUUCAUAACUAUCAGCUCCAGUAUGUGUCCAUUCCCACAAAACGAAGCACCGCCUACACUCAACUUUUCAGCUAUCUAAAUGUUGCGCUCUAUUAGAAAGUAGGUUUUACGGAAAGUAAUCGGAUCUCAUGAUGUUUUGGUUUAUUGUAAGUGCCAUUUUACUUUUAUUUGCCUUACAAUUCCGUUAUCCUUACUUAAUCGCAGAAGCCAAGUACGUGCGUCGGAUAGCAAUAGCUAUAUACCGUACGACUAAAUAUUUCAAAUCCAAACCCUUCUAUACCUUAUUGGAUCGAUUCCUGGAAUCGGUUCAGAAGAACCCACACAAAGCGUUCAUUCGGUUCCAGGAUCAAACAUACUCGUACGCGCAGUCGGAUAAACAGAGUAAUAAAAUCGCGAGGAGUUUGUUGAAGCGCGCGGAUCUUCACGAAGGAGAUACAGUUGCGCUCCUCCUUGGAAAUGAGCCCAUGUUUUUGUGGAUCUGGUUGGCUUUGGCCAAGAUCGGAUGUUCUGUUGCUCUUCUCAAUCAUAACAUCCGAUCUAAAUCACUUCUGCACUGCUUCACCUGCUGUGGGGCCAGUGUGCUGAUAGCUGGCGCAGAACUGCAGGAUGCUGUUGAGGAGGUGCUGCCCGCUCUGAGAGAGCAGGGAAUCUCUGUCUAUAUACUGACUGACCAUGUGACCACUGAGGGAAUGGAGAGUCUUACAGACAAGAUCGCACAGGCCUCAGAUGAGCCGGUUCCUGCAGACCUGAGGGCAAACGUCACCUUCAGCAGCCCAGCGGUGUACAUCUACACAUCAGGCACGACAGGUCUUCCAAAGGCAGCAGUGAUUGCUCAGCGGAGGUUGUGGGCCAUGGCCUUCUUUCUUUCCAUUUGCGGUGUGAAGUCUGAUGAUGUGGUGUACAUCUGCCUUCCCUUGUAUCACAGUGCUGGCUUUGCUGUUGGAUUCUGUGGUGCUGUUGAAAGAGGAGCUACUGUUGUCGUGAAGAGCAAGUUUUCUUCCUCUCAGUUCUGGGACGAUUGCAGAAAAUAUAAUGUCACUGUGAUACAGUAUAUUGGAGAAACAAUGCGCUACCUCUGCAAUACACCAAAGCGUGUUAGCGACCAAGUACACAACGUCAGAAUGGCCAUUGGGAACGGGAUCAGACCAGAGGUGUGGAGGACAUUCAUAAGCAGAUUCGGAAAUGUUGACAUCAAAGAGUUCUACGGCUCAACCGAGGGAACCCUGGGCUUUUUGAACUAUGCUGGGAAAACUGGGGCCGUCGGUAGAGUCAAUUUUUUUCAUAAGAAACUCUAUCCAUAUGCAUUGGUUAAGUUUGACCAAGAACAAGAGGAGCCUGUGAGAAACAAAGAAGGAUUUUGCAUAGAAGUAGCUAAAGGUGAAACUGGUCUACUAGUAUCAAAGAUUACCCAGAAGGCCCAAUUUGCUGGAUAUGCCAGGGAUCCCAAACAGACAGAGAAGAAGAAACUCUACAAUGUGUUUGAGAAGGGAGAUGUUUACUUCAACUCUGGAGAUCUGUUCAGGACAGACCACGAAAACUUCAUCUACUUCCAGGAUCGGGUGGGCGACACUUUUAGGUGGAAAGGGGAAAACGUUUCCACAAAUGAAGUUUCUGAUAUCUUGACUAUGGCAACGAGUCUCGAGGAAGCAAAUGUAUACGGCGUUACAGUUCAAGGGUAUGAGGGAAGGACAGGAAUGGCUACCAUCACACUGAAGAAAGAUCAUCAGUUUGAGCCCGAUGCCAUUUUUAGUCACGUGACCGCUUACCUCCCCUCUUAUGCCAGGCCUCGUUUUAUAAGGAUCCAGAUGAGACGGUGAAAAGCUACAGACCUCUGACACGUGAUACAUAUCAGUCGAUAUUGGACGGUCACUUCAGAUUGUGAAGAGCAGGAUGUUCAAGUUUUCAUUUAAAACUCCCGACUCUAAAUUUACACUCGGACAAUAACUGUCCAGAAGUAACACACAAUUAUUAUUAUGCAAUUAUUAUUAUUAUUAAUUUGUCUGUACUUUAAAUUUAACAAAUUUAUUGGUGUAAAUAAUUAUUUUGCUUAUUGUUCAUAUGUCCUUAAACAAGUUAAUUUUGUAUCACACUAUUAUAUGACAACAUUAUUUAAAAAUUAAUAAAACAGGUUGAAAAGUUCUUUAUUGUCAAUUUCAAAAGAGGCUCUCUAAGAAUCUGAUACUAUGGUUUCCCUGUAUUCUGCAGUGAACAAAUAGUUUCGUAAGAGUUUGCUGUAAGAUGACUGGCUCCCACAGAAACCCUCCCACUUGCUCAU